GUUGUUGUCUCCACCGCCAAAUAUAAAAUGCCAAGACCCGCUCUCCUGAAGUAUCAUUCGGCACCGAAUUGGAUCACCGAUUCAUAGCCCUCGACGUUGUUGUUCUUGUUCUCAAUCCAUAUCGUGCUUGAUUAGAGACUGACAGUGCUCGGUGGUUGAUUGAAUUGGAAGGACUUUGUUGGUUACAAAUUAACUACCUACCAAGGGCAACUUUCAUGUCUGAAUUCGACAUAAAAAUCCCAACUGCUUAUGAUCCCUUUGCUGAGGCAAAUGCUGAGGAUUCUGGAGCUGGGGCAAAAGAGUAUGUUCAUGUGCGUGUACAACAGCGUAAUGGAAGGAAAAGCCUAACGACUGUUCAAGGAUUGAAGAAAGAGUACAGCUAUAGCAAGAUACUCAAGGACCUUAAGAAAGAGUUUUGCUGUAAUGGUACUGUCGUCCAGGACCCUGAGUUGGGACAGGUCAUACAACUUCAGGGAGAUCAAAGAAAGAAUGUGUCCACUUUCCUUGUGCAGGCUGGCAUUGUGAAGAAGGAGCAUAUCAAGAUUCAUGGUUUCUAAGGCCUAAGCAGCUGUUGGAUAAUUCAGUUUUAUGUUGCAUAUAUAGCAUUGGAUUGCACUUAAAUUGCUGUAGUUUACGCGGUUUGAGCUCAUGCAGCCAGCGGCAUUAUACUUUUUUGUUAUAUGUAAUCUUUUGAUUUAUGUAUAUGGUAUGGGUUAUAUGUAUUUUGGCAAGAUAAUAACCUGGAAUAAAUUAGGUAAUUUUUCA